AUGAUCAAAACAAAAUUGAUUGACUCAAUGAAAUACCUACCAGAAAAGAUUAUGCAGGACAUAUUAAAUAUAAUUCCGUAUAACAAUCGCUAUGCAAAGUCGUAUUUAUCCCUUGCCAAAUUCAUAUCUGAUGAUUACCAUGUGGAAGAGGUCCACGAUGUUGAACUUGUUUCAAGCUUCCUGUUUGAUAAAGAAUAUGGAGUUAAAUUAGACAAAUCCGAAUUUUUCGGAGACAUUGAAUCAGAAGAUCUCAACAUUCAUACAGAAGAUACAAUUUACAGAGCAAUUAUGAAUAAUGACUUAGGAAGAUUCAUCACACUCACCGGAAUCGAUGAAUUUGAUAAAGAUCAAAGACUUGAAAGCAGUUUAUAUCCAUAUUGUGAUAGAGGAAAUUCAUUACUUGAAUUAUGUUGUUACCACGGCGCAGUUGAUUGUUUCAAGUUAUUAAGAACAAAAUUUAACUCAGAAAUAACUAAAAUAUGCCUACAGUUUUCAUUUUUACGUGGAAACAAAGAGAUCAUGAGUGAAUGCUUGAAAUCUCAAAAACCAAAUGAUGAAUGCAUGGAAUAUGCAAUUAUUUCACACAACCUUGAUUUUGUUACAUACUUGAUGAAUGAACACAAUAUCGAUAUCAACUUAGAUUAUUGUACAAAAUACAAUAACAUUGAACCAUUUUUAGUUUAUUUCGAUAAAACUAAUGACAUCAACAAAUGUUUUCAUAAAUCAGUCAAAUUUAAUCCAUCUCUUUGUGAAUAUUUCCUUUCACACGGUGCAAACAUCGAUCAAAGA